UCAUAGUGAGAGCAGAAUAGCUGUAUUAUCGGUCAUCAAUGGCGAGUGGAGUGGGUUCGCGCAGGGAAGAAGAUCAGGAUGAGCAAAUGAACGAGUCUCUGUUGCAGACCAAAGGGAGGUCGCCGGCGUCGCUGAGCUCCGCCCUGGAGGACGUGCUGUCGAGGACGGAGGAGAUGUCGUGGGUGCGGCGAAUGGCGGUGGCGACAUGGCUGGAGCUAAAGAUCCUUUUCCGGCUGGCGGCCCCCGCCGUGGGAGUGUACAUGAUAAACUACGUGAUGUCGAUGUCCACACAGAUCUUCUGCGGCCACCUGGGAAACCUAGAGCUCGCCGCCGCUUCCCUCGGCAACACCGGCGUCCAGUCCUUCUCCUAUGGCCUCCUCCUAGGAAUGGGGAGUGCGGUGGAGACACUAUGUGGGCAGGCUUAUGGCGCCCACAAGUAUGACAUGCUUGGCACGUACCUUCAAAGAUCAACCAUCCUCCUCAUGCUAACUGGGCUUCCCCUCACAGUCAUCUACAUCUUCUCCCGCCCCAUCUUGAUCCUCCUCGGUGAGUCCCGGUCCAUCGCCGCCUCAGCUGCCAUCUUCGUCUACGGCCUCAUCCCUCAGAUCUUCGCCUACGCCUGCAACUUCCCCAUCCAGAAAUUCCUCCAGGCCCAGAGCAUUGUCGCCCCUAGCGCCAUCAUCUCCGCCGCCACCUUCGCCCUCCACCUCCUCCUCAGCUGGCUCGCGGUCUACAAGUUGGGCCUCGGCCUACUGGGCGCAGCCCUCAUCCUCAGCCUCUCCUGGUGGAUUAUUGUCCUGGCCCAGUUCGUCUACAUUGUGAUGAGCGAUCGGUGCAAGCACACUUGGAACGGGUUUACGCUACAGGCAUUUACUGGGCUUUGGGCCUUCUUCAAGUUAUCGGCGGCCUCGGCCGUGAUGCUCUGCCUGGAGACUUGGUACUACCAGAUCCUGGUUUUGCUUGCUGGGCUUCUCAAGAAUGCUGAGAUUGCUUUGGACUCUCUCUCCAUUUGCAUGACGAUUAAUGGAUUGGUGUACAUGAUUUCAGUGGGUUUCAAUGCAGCCGCAAGUGUAAGGGUAAGCAAUGAGCUGGGAGCAGGACACCCUAGAGCUGCAGCAUUCUCGGUGGUGACGGUGACACUAACCUCUUUGGUAAUUUCAACAAUAUUGGGCAUUCUUGUUCUCGUAUUACGCCAUGUCAUCAGCUAUGCCUUCACCAGCGGAACCACCGUUGCCGACGCCGUCUCUGAUCUGGCUCCCCUCUUGACCAUCACUCUCAUCCUUAAUGGCGUUCAACCUGUUUUGUCUGGUGUUGCUGUUGGGUGUGGGUGGCAAGCUUUCGUGGCGUAUGUAAAUGUGGGAUGUUACUACAUCAUCGGCAUUCCAUUGGGUGCACUCCUUGGCUUUAAGUUCGACAUGGGAGCAAAGGGAAUAUGGUCGGGGAUGAUUGGGGGCACAGUCAUUCAGACGCUCAUCUUAUUGUGGACCACUUAUCGCACCAACUGGGAUAAUGAGGUGAAAAAAGCUAAGAGCAGGUUGGACACAUGGGAAGACAAGCAGGAGCCUGCAGCUUUGCAAAAUUAAAAUUAGUAAAAUAAGGGGGCAAUGGUUGUGUAGUCAUGAGGUGCAUGCACUUAGAGUGGAAUCCCCAUCAUCAACCUCAAGUGCCUGAUUUACUUAUGCUCAUCAAUUUUAUAAAUUUUGAUUAGAAAAGUAAAAAAAAAAAUUUCUAUUCACUACGAGAGAGAGAGGGAGAGAAUUCAAUGACCACAAUUUAUUUAGUUCUAUGUUCUUAAUACUAUAAUUGCUUGUAGCAUGAGCUUUUUGUGAUAUUGUUAUAAAUAUAUUUUUAAAUUGAUUUAUC